CUCCGUCUGCGCCUACAUGCAUACAUUCCUCGAUAUUCACAUCUACUUCUGAGACGGGUUGAGACUGAUCCUGCCGUCAGGGAACUUGCGGAAGAGAUCGGCAAUGCGGUCGAAAAUGGCGACUGGAAGUCCACCGGGCCCCCUGACCACCCACUCAGCUUGAAGCUAUGAAUGCGCCCGCCGCAGCUCCCACGUUAAUGCCACGUGAACGCGGCGAGCUUUGUGUUAGCUCUCAACUCCACACGUCAACAGUAUGUCACUUUGACAGCUUUGUCGCGACACGGGUCCGUCAUGUACGCGAAAUGGCUCUUGGUAUGCCCCUCGUAUCUUUCUUAAGCGCCCGCUGGGCCUUCGACGAAGGUAAACUCCAAUUUUCUCCCGCAACUCAACGCAGCCAUUCCUUCAAGCACUUCCGCAAACACCAAUCAGAACGACCCUUUGCAGCACCCAUUGCAGGCCACGGCUAUGGCCAUUCAAGGGGCUGUUCAGGGUGAAGGUCGUGCUCCUCGCAUGAGCCACAUGGCCAGUGCCAACGAGGGCGCUGCAGACAUAAUUGCAAUGGUUUCUGGAGCCGUUCAGAGAGGAAAGCGUGAAGAUGAUGGCGCUAACCUCACUAAUAACGAGGGCAUUCCGUUUCCUGACCCAGCUCAUAGCAAGACUGUUGGCGGUAUCCCCGUAGCUAGCGAUGUUUUUCUGUUCCAGAAGCAGCAGCACUUUAACCGAUCGAAGCAGCUCGAGCGCAUGGUGCGCCCUUGUGGAUCUGGUGCUUUUGGUUACUUCGAGUGCACCAAGGACGUCACAUCACUCACAAAAGCCAACUUCCUGUCAAGUGUCGGCGAGAAGACUCCCAUGUUCAUCCGAUUCUCUACCGUCACGCCCGGACGCGAGUUCCCUGACGAGGCGCGUAACCCUCGUGGUUUUGCCAUCAAGUUAUACACCACGGAGGGAAACUACGACAUCGUCGGACUGAACUUCCCCAUCUUCUUCUGUCGAGAUCCCAUCCAGGGCCCCGAUGUCAUUCGAUCCCAGUACCGCAAUCCAAAGAACUUCCUUUUCGACUACGACGGUGUCUUCGACUUGCUUGCAUGUACCCCCGAGGACAAUCAUGCUGGUCUCAUGUUCUUCAGUGAUCACGGCACUCCUAAGGGGUGGCGUUUCAACCACGGAUACGGCUGCCACACCUUCAAGUGGGUCAAUGCUGAGGGCAGAUUUGUGUACAUCAAGUACCACUUCAUUGCAAAGCACGACCAGAAGUAGUUUACAUAGGAGCAAACUACACAGAUGUGUGGUGAAGAUCCC